ACCACCGUUAAACGUCAAAACCAGCUGUUCCACCGCAUGCAAACAACAGCUGUAAACAUCGGGUUUCCUCUCGCACUCACAGUGUGCCAUCAUGUUUCUACGGUUGCUUCGCAAAUACUCUACCGCUAAGCUCACCCAAGACCUCCGGCUUUACGAUGGACGGCUCAAAGAAAAGGUCCCGGUACGACUGCAGCUAGGGAAACCGUACGUUUCGUUCUACACCUGCGGACCUACGGUGUACGAUGCGGCACACAUCGGGCACGCAAGCUGUUACGUACGGCUGGACAUUCUGCAACGCAUUUUACGGCACCAUUUCCAGCUUCCGCUACUAACCGCGAUGAACAUUACGGAUAUCGAUGAUAAAAUUAUCGUACGUGCUCAGGAGCAAAGUGUUAGCUGGCAGCAGCUCGCCCGCCAGUAUGAGGAAGAGUUUUGGAGUGAUUUAAACAGGCUAAACGUUCGUUUGCCCGAUGUGAAGUUGCGCGUUACCGAUCACAUUCCCGCAAUUAUACGCUUCGUUCAGACGCUUAUCGAGAAAGGUUUCGCGUACGCUACAACCGAUGGAUCGGUUUACUUCGAAACCAGCAAGUACAGCCGAUACGGGAAGCUGCAGAAAGUCGUCCUCGAACCGGCAGAUACGCACCCGCAGCAAGGCGACAGCAAAAGGCACCCGUCCGAUUUCGCACUUUGGAAAGCUUCCAAACCUGGUGAACCAUUUUGGACUGCUCCUGGUCCUAUCGGUAACGGUCGUCCCGGAUGGCACAUAGAGUGUUCUACCCUGGCAAGUCAUCUGUUUGGCAGCCAGCUGGACUUUCACGCGGGUGGACUCGACCUGCGUUUUCCACACCACGAGAACGAGGAAUCGCAAAGCUGUUGCUAUCACGACGUGCCGGACUGGGUGACGCACUGGCUGCACACCGGUCAGCUACACCUCGAGGGACAAACGCACAAAAUGUCUAAAUCACUGAAAAACACAGUAAGCAUUGCCGAGUUGCUGAAAAGCUACAGUGCGGAUGAGUUCCGCAUGCUUUGUCUGUUGUCACACUACCGAAGCGUGAUCGAGUAUGGUCCAGAAGCGAUGGCUACUGCGCGAAACGUGUUACGGAAAUUUGGAAGUUUCUUCAGCGAUACCAAAGCUUACAUCGAUGGUCUGAAACCGGCUACCUAUGAUCCGACCGGUACGGAAAGCUUGCUCGGAAAACUCUCGGAAACUAGAACAUCCGUGAAGCAGUUUUUAAACAAUGAUUUCAAUACAGCAAAUUCCGUGCUAGCGCUGGGUGAACUUGCAUCGACAGUUCAAAAACUUAUAAACACUCACGACCAAAGCGACGCAUCUCACGCAUCGUUAAUAGGUGCCUCGAACGUUGGCGCUGUUCUAGUCACGACGGAAUACAUUCGCGAAGAACUUUCUUCUUACGGGCUGGAAUUCGUCAGCAAACAUUCAGCUCAACACAGCCCAACCACUGGUGAGACGGCUCAUGCAUUGCAACACUUAAUCGACGCGAUCGUCAGCACUAGAAGUGAGAUCCGGUUAAAAGCGAUGGAAACCAAAGAUGCUCAGCUGUUCAAAGUGUGUGAUUUGCUACGAGAUCGCUUAAAGGUGGCGAACGUGGAGCUUAAAGAUCAUGGCAAAACGUCCUCGUGGAAUUUCCGCGAUAGGGAUGCGAAAUAAAAUCUCCCCAAUACUAAUUCUCAA